UCUGAGUGUCAACUGAUAACUAUGCAAACAGCAGACAAAUAGUUGUUAGUUCUAAAAUACUUUCGACUUAUACUAUCUCGAGUAUUAUAUAGUGCUUACACAAUCUGUAUAAAAUGUCAUACAUCUGAUAACUGUCUUCUUAAGUUAUUAAAGCUACUGAAAAUGGCAGUGCUUAUUUUUGUAUCUUUGGUCAUCAUUUUGGCAACAUGUUUGUACUUGUACUCGAAAAAGAAGUUCUUGUACUGGAAAGACCGAAACGUUUACCAUCUAGAACCGACUUUCUUCUAUGGAAAUAUGAAAACAGUAACCAAAGACCAUGCUCAUUUAACGACAGUCUUCCAGAAACUGUACGAUGAGGCUAAGGCUUUGAAGAAAAGAUACUGUGGAUUUUACAGUUUUUUUCAACCACACUUUGUACCUAUAGACAUUGAAGUGGUGAAAGGUAUACUUCAAAAUGAUUUUGAUCAUUUUUAUAAUCGAGGACGAUAUAUAAACGAAAAAGCUGAUCCUUUAUCUGGUCAUCUUUUCAGUUUAGAAGAUGAGAAAUGGAGGAAACUAAGAAAUAAGCUUACUCCAAUAUUUACGUCAGCAAAGAUUAAAGUGAUGUUUCAAACACUUGUAGAAUGUACUAAGGGAUUGGAAAAACUUCUUGGCAAAUUAGCCAAUUCAAAACAACCAGUUGAUCUCAAAAAUGCCCUUUCAUGCUUUACUACGGACGUCAUCAGCUCGAUUGCUUUUGGUUUAGACUGCAGCUCCAUGGAAAACCCAGAUUCGGAAUUUAGGAAAUACGGAGAUAAAGCAUUUCGUAAAAAUUUAAGACAGAGAAUAGGAAUUAUUCUCACAAGUGUGUUUCCUUGGUGGUUCGUUCGAUUAACGGGUUACAAAACAUUUUCGAAAGAUGUGGAUAAUUUUUUUAUUAACCUUGUAACAAAUGUUAUCUAUGAACGGAAGAAGCAGAAUAUAGAACGAAAAGAUUACUUGCAACUAUUAAUAAAUUUAAAUAAGAGUGCUAAAGAAAAUGGGAAUACGCAAGCACUAACUAUGGAAGAAAUUGCUGCUCAAAGUUUCGUGUUUUUUAUUGCUGGCUUUGAAACCUCAGCUUCAACCAUUAAUUUUGCUUUGUUGGAACUUGCCCAAAACAUCAAUAUUCAAGAAAAACUGAGAGAAGAGAUAGCUGCUGUGCUUGGCAAACAUGAUAACCAAAUAACCUAUGAUGCACUUAAAGAGAUGGUUUAUUUGGACAAAGUUAUACAAGAAACGUUAAGAAAACAUCCACCAUUGGGCAUCCUUGCUCGUAUGUGCAACAAGGACUACCAGCUGCCAAAUGACGAUUUUGUUUUAAAAAAGGGAACUAUGGUUAGUAUCCCUAUCCAUGCUAUACAAAGAGAUCCAGAUUAUUACCCAGAUCCAGAAAAAUUUGACCCCGAGAGAUUCAGUAAAGAGAAUAUAGAUAAAAGACCUGCGUUCUCUUACCUGCCGUUUGGUGAAGGUCCACGUAUCUGUAUAGGAUUGAGACUUGGAAAACUACAGGCCAAAAUAGGACUCAUCACUUUGCUGAAAAACUAUCGUGUUACUUUGAAUGAAAAAACAAAGUUGCCAAUCACAUAUGACUUUGGCACGAUAUCUAUGGUUAAAGACGGAGUAUGGGUGAAUUUAGAUCCCAUACAUAAAUGAGCAAAUGAAUUAUACCUUUAGAGAUUAAACAGUAUCUUUGACUAUGAUUAUUGUCGAAUUGUAGUAAAUAAACAUUGUUUUAAACCA